UUCUUGUUUUACCACUAAUCAAUUCAAACAAUCAUCACACAGUCAAACAUGGGAAAACAAACUGUUCCAGAAGAGUAUAAUAGAUGUAAAGAUAAACGAAUCAGUUAUUUAAGAAACUGGUUCCCAACUCUCUUCAACAAGCAAAUCGAAUGUGCUACAUAUAAUGGUUAUUUCAUUGACGUUAUUAUAGCUUAUCAUAAUAUAAUUCUACACGAAUUAAAAAUUUCUCGUGAAUCUCUAGACACUGAUACUAGGGAAAAUAAUGGUUCAAUUUUGGAUAAAAGAGUUGAAACAUUAGAAGAUAGCUCUGAUUCAGAGGAACAUUCACCAUUAGACGAAGAUAGAAAAGGAAAUAGAACAGCACGGGCUCUAAAGUUCAUAAAAGAUCCAAAAGAGAGAAAGAAAAGUGGAGAAACUAGUAAAGUUGGGUUACUUAAAAGAGCUAAACAAUUAGCAAUAAUAAUUGGAUUGAGUGUUACUGUAAAAAUUUACAAACAAGGAAAGCUUAUUACUUAUUAUUCUAAAUCAGGAGAGCAGGGAAAUUUUGUUAAAUCAGAAUUACAAAGAUUACAAGCUGCUGUUGCAAAGCAACUUCAUAGGAUUAAAAUUCAGGUUGGAAGUGAAUCUCAAAGUGAAUCACAAAAUUUAAGUCAAAAUUUAACUGAAUUUAGUUCUUCUCAAUUUGAAAAACACAAUACUAGUGAUGUUACAGCUGAUAAUAUUAGAGCUGUUGAAAAUACUUCUGAAACCAAUAAUACAAGUAAUAUUAGUACAAAUACUAAUGAUAAUUCCAAUUUUCUUAACAGUUCUGGUACCGUGGAAGUAAUUGAUCAAAAUGAAACACCCAAUACUGCAAAUGAUAUCAAUGAUAGCAUCAAACAAGAUGCAGCUUCUUAUGAUGAUGAUUUAUCAGAUUGGUUUGCAGGAGUUAGUGGCGGUGGCAGGGGUGGUAAUACUGAUAUAUCUGAGAUAGAUUCUAAUAGGGACUACCAAGAAGAAUUCGAUGACAAUAAUAGUACACUUGAACAAGCAGAUAUCUCGAACCAGCAUGAAGAGCAUAAUCCGCACGGAAAUUUGGACAUUCGUCAAGAAAAGCUGUCAGAUGUGUUACAUGAAGAUCCAAAAGGUAUUAUAAUUUAUGAAGAGUCGGCGUCUUUUUUUUGGGAACAGCUAUCACCAGAGAUCCAUUUUAAUUUUAAAGAUCUAACAAAUGAUCAAAGGGAGGCCUUCUUAGAAUAUAUUAAUGCAGCUACUUUUGAAAGUAAAGUUCUAGAAAUCUAGAAAGAAUUUUGGUUAAUUUGAUUUAUUGUUAUUUUAGUUUUGGUUUAAUUUGUUUUUAAUUUAAUUCUCAAUGUUUCUGUCAGUCAACUAAGCGAGUCGUGUUAUAAUAUUUUUAAAUAUACAAUAGUAAAAUCCAAAAAUCCAAAGUAAUGAUGUUUCUCGCCAUGCUUUAAACAUAGCCCAACCCCGAAAAUACUAAUAAGUUUAAAUAAUUUAAAGAUAUUUCGGUUUACCUUUUCAAUUUUAUCAACCACAUCAUGAUGUUAGACCUAUUAAGACCUAUUAUUUCGUAGUCAGAAUUAUACGAAUAAUUCCAUGAGUGUUUGUUAACUGUUAGAAAAAG